CUCGCGGAAGCAACGGGCCGAUGCGUCGCCGUCGUUGGCCGUGGUGGUCACGCUUACCGUCGCGAGGAGUUCGUCCGAUCGGACCCGUGCCUCACUACCGUUGUCGUGACAUGUCGCCACGGACGGCACGCCGCCGUCGGUUGGCGAGGCAACGCUUUCCGGAGCGGUAAACGCGGAAGUUCGCGCCAAGGCUCGCGCGGAUGUCGUCGUUGUCGUUAUCGUCGUCGCGCUGCGAGUCGCAAUUCAAAUGUCGAAUCAACGGAGGGCCCGCUCCCGAUUCAAGGUGAUAACACCGCUUCGGUCUUUGGUUCUUUGUGGUAAAAACAGACGAGACAUGGAGGACUGGUUGAACGCAAUAAGAACAGCGACGGAGAAUCGUCCUCAGGGUGACUCUGGAACUGCCGAAUUACUGGGAGGUAAUCAUCAAUGGUAUGCAACUAAUCAUGCCAGACCUACGUAUUGCAACGUCUGCAGAGAUGCCCUACAUGGUGUUACUUCCCAUGGUUUAAGUUGUGAAGCUUGUAAAUACAAGGUACAUAAAAGAUGCAGUGCAAAAGCAAUAAAUAAUUGCAAGUGGACCACUUUAGCAUCCAUUGGAAAAGAUAUUAUUGAGGACCAAGAUGGGACUAUCACAAUGCCACAUCAGUGGAUGGAGGGAAAUUUACCAGUGUCCUCAAAAUGCUUUGUCUGUGAAAAGACAUGUGGCUCUGUACUUAGGCUUCAAGAUUGGCGAUGUUUAUGGUGCAAAGCGACUGUGCACACAGCAUGCAGACCUGCCAUAAGUAUCAGGUGUCCACUAGGACCAGCUAAACUCAGUGUAGUGCCUCCUACGGCUUUGCAUAGUAUAGGUAGCGACGAAGCUUGGGAAGCAGUUAGACCUACGGGAUGCAGUCCACUUUUAGUAUUUGUAAACAGUAAAUCUGGUGACAAUCAAGGUGUUAAGUUUCUUAGGAGAUUUAAACAAUUACUGAAUCCCGCACAAGUGUUCGACCUUAUAAAAGGAGGACCAGGCCCAGGAUUAAGACUGUUUCGACACUUUGAUCCGUUCCGGAUUUUAGUGUGUAGUGGUGAUGGGUCUGUAGGAUGGGUGCUUUCAGAAAUUGAUCGGCUUGGAAUGCACGCGAAGCAAUGUCAAGUUGGGGUACUACCUUUAGGAACAGGAAAUGACUUGGCGCGCGUAUUGGGUUGGGGAUCGUCGUGCGACGAUGACACACAUUUACCUCAAUUACUGGAAAAGUACGAAAAAGCGGGCACGAAAAUGCUGGAUCGAUGGAGCAUUAUGACAUUCGAACGCAGCAUAUCUCUGCCAUGUCACAAAGUGACUCAGCCCGACCCGGCUAUAAAAUCGAGCAUAGCUCAUCAAUAUGAAGACAGCGUUCUUGCUCACAUAACAAACAUUUUACAAUCUGAUCAGGAGAGCGUAGUUAUAUCUAGUGCCAAAGUUUUAUGUGAAACAGUAAAAGAUUUUGCAACACAUAUACUGGAAGCCAGUCUAAACACAGGGGACCAACAAUUGGGAGAAAAAUGCACAAUACUUCAACAAAAACUUGACCUUUUGUUGCAAACACUAUCUAAAGAAGAAAACUAUUUAUCCGAUAACACAGAAGACAUUGACACUGGCACUCUAAAAACCGACACUUUCAGCAGUAUCCAGGAGAAAGGGGCUUUAGAAAAGACGGAGAAAGAAAUAACAAAUUUAAAAAAAGUUAAAAGAAGACAAUGUUACAUGGAGAAAGACGUUGUGAUGUCUAGAGCAAAUAGUUUGAAAAGAGCUAUCAGAAGAUUGGUGGAACAUACAGAAACUGCUGUUGAUGAACAGAACAAUCCUUUGGAUGAGAAACAGGGCAAUAAGAUGCCAAAUAUCGCCAUAAUAUCCGACAAUUCUCCUAUAAAUAUUAUGACAAACAAAAAGUAUCAAUUGGAUAUCCCAGGUUUAUCACAAAUAGAUCAGACCGACAACAGUAAUUUAAUGCCGACUCUAGGAUCCAUCAGUAGCAUAGAGAUUUCACCUUGUCCAAGUCCUACCCCUAACGUGGCAUCUUUAAGCCCUAUGCCGGAUUUAAGGAGAGACUCGCAACCUGAAGAAUUGCUAACUCUUCCUGCGCCCGACGGUUUCGCCGACAGUAGACGAAACAGUGAAAACAUACCACAAGGAGUUCUUGAUUUUGACGAGGCAACAGCACAAACUACUGACGAUCAACAAGAAACUCAGGCGGUUACUAAUGAUAAUUUCCUGUCGUCUGAUACCACGCAAAUAGAAACUUUCUCCGAUGUUCCUGUAACCGUAACCAUUUUAGACACAAGUACACCAUCGGACGAUGGGACUAUGCAAGACACUAUCGUUUCUCCUGACACGGAUUCGCUUCAGUCUAAAAAUAUUUCGCCAGAGCACGCGCAAAAACCUGUGCUAACGAAAGUAGAAGCUAGAGGUAGCUGUACCAACAGUAUUAUCAGUACGGAUAGUAUGGUUUCCGAAACUUUUGAUUCCAGGAGUUACACCGUGCGAAAUAGCGAGAGUGAAAUCGGGCAUAUAGACAGCGAUAUAUUUGAUUCCACGAAAAAAUCGGAAAGCUCAGAGAUCGGGCAUAUUGACUCGCCGGAUAAUUCCGACAUGCUUUCCAGCGAAACUCAACAUUCGGAAAGCGGCUUGGAGGAUUUGAGCUCUCUUGGGCAAGAUGUGAUCAGUGCGAUAAUGGGUGAGAAGUAUGAUUCUGUCAGAGAGGGCUUAGAGAUCGAAGAAUCGCAUAGAUAUGUUGGCAUCGCCCAAUUCUGCGAAGGAAAUGACAUCGGAAAGCAAUCGUUCAAGAAGAACACAAAAAAUAUAAAAAUGGAUAAAGAGCAGGGAAUGCUGAAUAAAUAUAAAACGGACGGUUUAGCAACGUGCGUACGUAUCUCAGGAAUUAAGUCGACGCAAGCAAAUGUGGAACUUGCGAAUAGAUUUGAAAGCGUUGAAAAAGAAAGAGCAUCGGAUUUGCUGAGACCAGUAUGUUGCUUCACUGUCUCGUCAGACAACACACAAACUAACGAUAAGUGCGCCACGAAUUUUCCACCACAGAUUAGUGUUAUCGUUGAUCCACCAAGUCCAUCGUUGUCGAUUGAAAGUCAUCACAAGCUUAAUGUAGAUUAUAAACUGGAUCCACAUGACAAGCAAUACAGUAGCGGCAACAGUAUGGAAAGACUAAGCGUAGAGCUACCUGAUUCGGGCUUUUCUCCGCAAGCUACACGACGUAUAAGCAGUGGUAGUUUGUUGAAGGCAUCAGAAGUUGUGUCGUUGGCAGCAACUACCGCACGUCUAGGUGGUUCGAGCGUGAGCUUGCGUCACGAAAGAGCGAAAUCUGUGGACAAAACAGAGGACGUAAAGAAACUCCCUAUAAUAAAUCCUUUGGUUCGACUGCCCAUGUGGCCAAAUGUAAGUGGUGGAGCUGGUCUCAUCAGUCAAGCAUUGCUGGCAAAUGCGGAUGCUCUGUGCGCAGCGGUAUCGCCUUUAAUGGAUCCAGAUGAAACAUUGAUGGAAGGCUACUUCGAACGGUGCGUCAUGAACAAUUACUUCGGUAUUGGCAUAGAUGCGAAGAUCAGUCUCGACUUUCACAAUAAGAGAGAAGAACACCCUGAAAAAUGUCGAUCGCGCGCCAAAAAUUACAUGUGGUACGGUGUCUUGGGCUCUAAACAGUGGAUACAGAAGACCUACAAAAAUCUCGAGCAGAGGGUUCAGCUAGAGUGCGACGGCCAAAGGAUACCGUUGCCUUCUUUGCAAGGGAUCGUCGUGUUAAAUAUACCAAGCUUUAUGGGCGGCACGAAUUUCUGGGGAGGUUCGAAGGAAGGAGAUUUAUUCUUAGCACCGUCGUUCGACGAUCGUAUACUGGAAGUGGUGGCGGUUUUCGGAUCUGUUCAAAUGGCUGCCUCGCGACUCAUCAAUUUGCAGCAUCACAGGAUAGCCCAAUGCCAGACAGUUCAGAUUAAUAUUUUGGGAGAAGAGGGUGUUCCUAUACAGGUCGAUGGCGAGGCUUGGAUUCAACCACCUGGUAUUAUAAGGAUUAUACACAAGAAUCGCAUGCAAAUGCUUUAUCGAAAUAGGGCACUUGAAACUUCGUUGAGAGCGUGGGAGGAGAAGCAACGCAAUACAUUAAGCGCCGUAACUCAAUCUGCUUCCACUAUAAGCAAUGCGACAUCACAGCAUAGACCACAAUUGCAAAUAUGUAAUAAACCUCCUCAGUUGAAUGAUGAGGAACUCAACAUUCUAUUCAAUUUCAUCGAAGCCGUAACAACCUUAGUCAAAUGGGUAAAACUAUUAAUUAUAUCACACCCAAGCCUAGAACCGGAUCUGUACCAAGUAGCCUCGCGAACAGCGAACGCGCUUGAACAAGUACACCCGGAUGGUAAAAUUUUACAAGGGAUUAGCCUGAGACCUAUGGUCACCGAGUUAGUAUCAAGCGCGCGGCAAUUAUACGAAGAAUCUUGUGAGCUACUGCGUGAUAAAGCUCAUAACUUGAAAUUACGAGAGGAUUUAGAGAACAAGUUGUCCCUAUCUCUAGCUAGUAUGGAACAGGAAUUACGAAAGUGUACCUUUGACGAAGGAGGCACAGGACUGGUUUACUUGCAAAAUAUUCCCGACGAGCAGGGAGAUAAAAAAAAUCGUCACCGAGGGUUGUUCUGGUUAAAGUUUCGUCGCUUCGCUGGCAACUCGAGCGGUGGUCAGACGGCGCGAGAUCAGAUCACCACGUGGGGCGUGCAAGAGGUGUGCACCUGGCUAGAGAAUAUGCAACUGGGAGAAUACGCUGAGAAUUUCGUAUCUCACGAUAUACGCGGUAGAGAGCUAUUGACUUUAGCUCGUCGCGAUCUAAAGGAGCUGGGCAUCAUCAAGGUGGGACAUGUCAAACGCAUCUUACAAGCCAUCAAUGAUUUAAACAACUAAGUCGCGUUUAUGUAGAAAUGUUGUUAAAUUCCAUAUCCCCGAAGCGAAAAAUAUACGAUCGCGUAGAUAACGAAAAAGAUACUUCUGGAAUGUCAUUCCAAAUGCGCAAUUAUAAGUCGACAGAACAGAAGGAUACUGUGCCAAAUAUUUAUUCCCUCGUGAGUUCUAAAUAUUAAAACUCACGAAGGAAGUUGAAUUUGUUACGUGACAAAAAAGGGUGUAUGAAAAUGGCCAAAAUUGGUCAUUUUCAUACAUCCUCCUUUACAAUUCUAUUUAUAUAUAUCUAAGCAUACACUUAUAUAUAUAGUACAAAAAUAGGAGGACGCAUUUAUCCCCCAAGGGGAUGAACUUUACUUCACUCUCUUACCGAGACAUUAUAGAAUCCAUGAUGAAAAAGGUCUCACAUGAACUGCACAUAUGUACGGAGUAGAUAUUCCUUGUAAAAUGGCAAACUUUUUAUAUCACUGACUAUUAUUGUUAAAAUAACUUACAACGUCUCGGGUAUAGCAACUAUUGCAUGUAUUCCUACCGUUUAAUAUUAAUAAGUCUUACACGCGCGGCACAAGUAUCUUAAACCUGCGAAUAUCGCAUUCUUACAUAAACGUUUCCUGUGUUUUUCCUAAUCAAUCUAUAUUACAUCUGAGUUCCUUAACUCCUUCAGUCAAUUUAUUAUGUCUUCUAUUACUUUGUCUACCAACAAUGUAAUAUAUAAUCUUGUAAACAGUGUAAACACAUAGAUUUUCGAUUUUCUUUUUCUUUUCUGUUUUUAAUUAUUUGACAAUGUUAAUAAUUAGUUUGAAAAGCAUUGCUUGGGCCAAGAUAUACAUGAAAGUGAUCCUACAUAUAUCUCCUUAUGGCAAUAAAAACGAUAAUUAAGAAGAGCUAGAAAUGCAAAAUGUAUGCUAGAGUAGUUUAAGAUUCGCAGAAGUUAUUGCGAUGUAUGAUGAGAAUAUUUUGUUCUUCCUACGGACCGCAGGUUGGGCACCUUGUUUGUGAACUUCUUGCCCUGUUUCCUUAAUAAAACUAAUCUUCAUCUUCUUCUCCAUAUUCAGUUACAAAUUUAUCUAUUUUUAUAAGCUGUAAUAAAACGUUCUCCAAUGAUCAAUUAUCGUGCGUAUAAUAAUAUAAUUAUUAUAUUUGUAGUCGUCCACUACUAAUUUUUAUCAGUAUAAUAAUCAAAUGUUAUUGAUAAUCGAAAAAAUUGCCGGAUAAUUUUCUUACCUUUUGAUAGCUAUUUGUUCAUUUGUUCUUAUUUCAUUAUACGUGAUAAUUAAAGAAUCUCGAUAUGAAAAUGAUAUAAAAUCAUAUUUGUUACAGUAUUACACUCCGUACAUAAUUCUCACGGUUGCAAAUAAACUGUAGCAACAUAUUUAGUCUUAUACGAUAAAACAAAUAAUUAAUUAGCAUAUAAACGAUUAGCUGACGAAACUUAAAACGAAGUAUAAUCAAACUGACUACUAAUAAUAAUAAUUACGUGAGAGAUCACAACAGAAAACAGACUAUUGGCAGCGUAACUUGUAACAGGUUCUAACGUUAGUGCAUUCUAACUACUUAUAUAUUUUUGUCUUUUAUACAACGUCUUACAAUAUAAAACCCUAACAAACUUAAUCAAUUUGCUUGAAACGUUAAAAAUAUUUCUUUACAUUCCAAUGUAUAUCUGAAAGGACAAAAGUGCCUAUUCUAGAGUCACUAAUCUUACAUACAGACAAGGAAUAUGGAUGUUAAAGUCUACGUUACAUGUACAUGAAUGUUAUGCAUUAUUCGUAUUGUAUAUUCUUUUAUUUAUUUUUUAAUGCGAAAUCAUAAUUCGUGAAUGCAAUAUUUAUACAUAUUCUUUUUAUGUAAACUUUACGAAAAAUUACACUACAAUCAAGCAACAAAACGUCACACUUUAAUAGAUUACAUUGUUGCAAUAGUAUAAAACAGUAUUAUGUAGAGUAAUAUAUUGGAUAACUUUUAGUUUAUAUAGUGUAACAUCUUUGAGCAAGAAUUUAAAAAAAAUUACUCAGAGUUAUAACAUUUAAAUAUAACAAUUUCUAUUGUAUAUUUAUGUAAUUAUUUUGAUAUCUCGAUCUUAGAGAUAAUUUAUUGAAUAUCUAAAGAUUAAAUUACUUUUUCUUCUCCCUCCCCAAAAAAUGAUAAAUUUAAAUAGAUAAUGUUUUUAUCUUCUUAACACAAAUACCUCGACCUGUAAUGUCUAUAUUUAUUUAGUAUCUGUCAAUUUUUACAACUUAGUCUUUUGCUCUUUAUAUAUAUAGAGUUUUAUAGGUAGAGAUGAUUCUGUCAAUAUGUUAUCUUGUGUGUAUUUCUCCAAUAUUCCUGCAGUAAGAUUACUAAUAUACAGAGUUGACAAUCUCGAAUUACCGUGUGAGAAUCACACGUGUAUAAUAAGGUAUAAUGUAUUAUUAUAAUAUAUUCCUUUUCAAAAUGUACAUGUUGUUUUGUAUACUUAUUAAAGUGAAAGUGAAACAAUUAACGAAUAUCGUAUUACCUCACGAUGAAAUGUUGGAAAAGUAUGUUAAUAAAUACAAUCAGGCGUGUAUUUAAUCUUAUUCAAUUACUGUUCCUAGGGAUAUACCAUUUUACUAUAUUAUUACUAAUGUAUGUAAUCGAUCGAUAAAAGUAAGCUUCAAAGAAGUUCGAAAAGAAUAGUACUCUAGUACUCGUAGCCUUCUAGAAAUCUAUUUGCAUCUAUACGUUUUCUAAACAUUUCUUUCACUCGUGAUAUAUCCUAUGCUUUUCUUCAAAUGUAUGCAUUCGAGAGCAUUUUACCCUCUUAUCUGUGAUAAUUUUUGUGUAACCGCUUGAUCUACUAAUCCAAAUGUGUUACUAUUAUGUAAUUUUCAAUGAACAAGACGUGCAAAGAUAUAUACUUUCUUCCCUUAUUACACUAACUGAGUAUGUGUUAAAAGAUCCAGAAGACAUAAAAAAAUCUCUGGUUUCCAGAGUAAGACCAUAAGUACAUUACAAGAUAAAUCUAAAACUACUGUGAUAAAAAUUAAUCUGUAAAGCAAGAAAAGUUAUCGUCUCUACGAUACUAAAAUAUUAUUUAUCCGAAUAUUUUAACAAUAUACAGAAUUUAUUUUAAUUAUAAGAUUUUCUUAUGUCAAGUUAUUUAAAAUUUAAGAGUUGUAUAUACACUUAAAUGUGUACAUAAAGAUGUAAAUUAGUCUGUGUCAAACCUUUCCUAAUUUACACUGUUCAAUUUUGACUUUGACCUAUAUUUCUACACUCUUUUGAAACUGCACUAGGAUAGCUUAGACUUUAUAUUUUGUCAAGUAAUAUUGAUUGUGAUUGAUAUAAAGAAAAUCUUGUAUAAUUCAUUUAUUCAUCGUAUUAUUUUGUACACAUUGUAUAUUUAAAAUUAAAGAAUAUUUGUUAAUUUUAAUAAAUUUACACAAGCACAGAUUUAUAUUUAUACGAAAAUUAGUUUCAUAAUGAUUUGUCACAAUAAAAUUGAAAAAGGAUAUUUUGUCCAAAAAUAAUUCAGAAUCAUUACGAUACCAGGCAUAUUAAUUGGCAAUUUAUCAAGCAAUAUCUUAACAUUGAUACAAUAACAGGAUUUAUAAUCAUAUUAAUGUAGCAAUAUUAAUAAAAGCUAAUAUAAUAAUUUGUUUUAUUGUAAUCGGAAUGGACAUCUACUUCGUGCAUAUUCUCAUCUACAAUUUUAAUUUCGUCAUUGUCAAAGAAUUUAAAUGUUACUGUAAAACAUUUUUAUUCUUGAUUUCUUAAAGUGAAUUCUUAAAGUUUAUUUUAGAAAUUAUAAAUGCCGAUAUCAAAUGUGCUAUUCCAGCAUUUGUAUUAUAAAUCCUGUGUUGUAUAAGAAAGAUCUCGCAUUGUAUCGAAAAAGCUAUUUAAGAGUAAAUGUGUUCAAUCUGUUAUAUACAAGCACUUUUAUACAUCUAUUUUCAUCAAGAUAAUUAUGAAUAAUUUCUGCAUGUAUUAGUCUUUUUGUACUUAAGUGUAUAAAUUAUAUAUUGCAUUAUAUAAAAUGAAACUUGAUGAUUACAAGUUAUUCACUCUGUAUAAAAAAAAAAUCACUAUUCUCUAAUAAAACUAUAUCACAAA